GCGGGACGCACGACGUAUCUUCUUCGUGAAGUGCAAGAUGGGUUUACAGUCACACACGGACCACAUCCGAGUGAGGCGAGGGAAACGCACGCGCAGGCGCCCGUACGCGUUCGAUUUACGAAUUCGCAACUUUUUUCUUUUUUAAACGGCUCGCGAAAAUUGCCAGUAUUUUUUAUUGACGUUUAUUUUGAUGAACUGAUUAUUGUGAUUUUUGUGAGUGUAUUGUGUAACUAUGGAGAACGAAUCUUGCAGCUGAGUGGACACCGGUUUUUUUUAAAAUUAAAAAUCCAGGGAUAAUCGUGUACCUAGACAGCUGAUUUUUCAAGAUCCAAGAUGAAUCAACAAUGCAAAGUCUGCGGGGAGCCAGCCGCCGGCUUCCACUUCGGCGCUUUCACCUGUGAGGGCUGCAAGUCGUUCUUCGGGCGGACGUACAACAACCUGUCUUCGAUAUCUGAAUGCAAGAACAAUGGAGAGUGCGUUAUAAACAAGAAGAAUCGAACGUCGUGCAAGGCCUGCCGGCUAAGAAAAUGUCUGUUAGUAGGAAUGUCAAAAUCCGGAUCUAGAUACGGCCGGAGAUCUAACUGGUUUAAAAUCCAUUGCUUACUACAAGAGCAGCAGCAACAGCAUAUCCAGCAUAUGCAAACGAAUAAAUCGCCUCCAACCUUCAAUAAUUCUUCUAUCAACACUUCCUUUCCUCCUAUUAAUCUACUGCCGGCCGCAGCCUUAGCAGAGUAUUACAAAAGCUCAGAGAAGAGCCAAUUCACCGAAGACGUGACGCGGCAAAGCAUAUCACCUUCAGACUCUGGAGCAUCAUCAGCUGAUCCCGAAGACGAUAAUAGCUCUCGAAGCACUAGCGGCCUAAGUAUAUUCAGACCUGCUUCCUCGCCAUCCAGUGAAAAAGACGUCAGGCUACAUGCUGUUAGAAGCCAAACAAAAGACGUCAGAAAACGAAAACCUUCUGCGCUUCCACCGUCUCCUUUCGGGGCUACUCCUAGCUUUACCAGAACGGGAGCGUACCUACAACCCGUUCAAAAUCUUCGAUCGUUACCAACCGGUAUUCCUACAUGGCAGAACUGUAAUGGUGGUGACCUGAUCCUUCAUUCUCCAGCAGUGGCCGGAGUGGCCAUAGAACAAGACCAACCUAUCGACUUGUCCAUAAAGUCGGCUGUUCUAUACCGUAGUCCAAAGAACGAUGAGUUGAGCGACUCAGAACCGGAGUUGAGUAUUGACAUGAGUGAGGACAGUGCGAAAGAUAUUAUGAAGAAUCCCUUAGACUUGUCCUUGGUACCGAAAAGGAAGGAAGAAGUUCCUUUAACUGGUUAACUUAAGCUAUACAUGUCUUGAAAUGGCCUAUUCCAAUGUCAAUUUUAUAGCGUUGAAAUUGUACAUUGAAGUCUGACACACCUACGUAAUAUGUAAUAAGUGACUAGCAGCCUAAUUUCAAAACGCUUGGUAUUAACGAAUUGACAGGCCUGACACGGUGGCAAAAUCGUUUCCAAGUAAGCCUGGUAGACGCAAGAUGGUCAGGGAAAUUAUUAAAGAUUAAAAUUCAGAAUUUUUGUGCUCUGAUUUAAUAUGUUGUAAUGUUAGGUAGUAAGACAUGUCACGGCCAUGUAGUUAUUUUCCUUUAUAAUAAGUAGAUACUUAAGUUUCUAGUUUAUUUCAUACGAAUACUCUGCCAUACAGUAUUUAUUAAGUCUGUACAUUUCUGUUUUCUUGAUUACCUGACCUAAAUACCAUAAUCAUAACGUUUUAUUUCGUAAAUUUAGGUAGUCAAUAUAUAUUUUUAUUUGAAUUCAAUGGACAAAAUUACUGGUAAAAUUUAUUCAAUAUAUGUUUGCCAUAUUUAUAUAUUUUUUUAAAUACAAUCUGUGUCAUAGCCCAGUAAUUAAGCUAAAAGGUAAAAACUGUUUUUUUUUUCUUUCCUUUUUUUACUCAUAAAUUGUAGUUUAAAAUGCCAGUUAGUCCUAACAUGCCAGUGUUGUCUUACCAGAUCUAGCAAAUUAAUGAAAGGGACGGGGGCCAGUUGAAAGCUCAAAAUUAAAAUGUACAAAUAAUAAUAAUUGAGACUUGUAUUAUAACUGCGACUAGGAUAAAAGAUUUUUUAUAAUAUUUAUUUUAUUAGUGCAUAGGCCAGUUUGUAUUGAGUCAUUUUUUAAUUUUCACUUAGGUAAUAUCCUUUUUAUAAUUUAUGUAGGUAGGUUAAUGCGUGUUUUUUAUUACUUUUUGUUGUUUGUUUAGAUUGUUGGAGAUUUUUUAAUUACUUUUAGACAUUCCAUUUGUGAAUUUGCUCAGUUUUUAUGUACUUUUUAUGAUAAGUAAACAAUUCCAAUUCAUUUACAAAUUAUUAUACAUUCCUGAGGCUGGUUCUCUUUUUGUCCUAAGUUAUUAGGUGCCAUGCAAAAUUAGAAUUAAUUAAUAACAAGAAAAACCGUAGUUUUUUUUUCUAUCUGCUGUAUGUGAAAACUAUGUACAAAAAGUUACCUCUUUCCUUUCUUAAUACAAAAAAUAAACAGAAUUUUAAGUUGAAAUCUGUCUGUACUCAAGUAAUUAUUUUAAUUAUUGAAAUAAAGUUGUUGUUGCUGUGUGAUACGAUAUUUUUUAUGUUUACAGUUUUACUUUUAUAAAUGAAUCUUAAUAUAUUGGAGGGAAAUAAAUAUGAGUGCCUUUAUACUAAUUUGUUUUAUUUUAAUUUUAAAGUAAAUAUUUUACAAAAGGGAAUUUUCUGAAGAUUUAUAGGUACAAGGGUUUCUUUUUCUGUAGCUAAUGGUCAAAAAUAUGCACAGAAAAAUAAUCACCUGCUUUAACCGCCGAGAACAAAGUCGCAACACAGGAAAUAACAUGGAUGGGUCCUAUGGUCUAUGGUAGAGUAAAGUUUGGCUUGCCAAAAUUCCAUUUUGAUAACCUAAUGAUUAUUAGGUACCCCGGCAACAUCAAUCCGUGAGGAAUUGAUACUCAAGUGUGAGCGCAACGAAUCAUAUUAUACAUUUCUUAGCGCCACUUGCACCAUCCCACUAACCUGGGGUUACCCGGUUAAAACGUCAAUUCAGUGACAAAUUGUACUGGUUACCAUGGUAACUCCAGGUUUAACCGGCAAUCCCGGGUUAGUAGGAUGGCACAAGUGGCUCUUAGUGGCAGUUGCACCAAGCCCAAUCGACAGACUGGACUGAUCAACAUCACUCAACAGAAAACUAUGAAACUUCCCAUACAAUAAAAUUUAGCAAAACUUUUAACGGUUACAGAUGGAUUGGUU